AUGAAAGCUUCCACUACCAAGAAAUUCAUGGGGGAGGACUACGAGCACUGGAGCUUCCGCAUGAGGCUGAUGUACACCCAAUACAAGCUAUUGGACCUGGUGGAGGGGAAGGAGAAGAUGCCGGAGGCCGCGGAGCUGAAAGGAGCGUGGAUGAAACGCUCGUUCGACGCGUACAUGCUUAUGGUGCAAGCGGUUGGCGGACGACAACUUGACCACAUCAAGGACCUCUUGGGUGAUCCAGAAUGUGGACCCAAGGCUUGGAGGAAGCUUCUGGAUGUGCACUCACCGACACACGCUACCGGCAUCGUGCUACUCGCGCAGCGGCUACGCAACAUCAAGUUCGUUGAUCGAGAGCUGAUGCAGCCCAUGUUGGACGAGAUGCGUGAUAUCUUCACGAAGCUCCAAGGCGGCGGUGUGUGGAGCGUGGAUUACAUUCGCAUGCACAUCCUCGAGGAGGACUUGCGGUGGCGGAGUGUGAAGCGCUCGGAGGAGGGGGCUGGCUAUGGAGUUGGAGGUGGAAAGAGUGGCUUCAAGAAGAAGUGGAAGGGCAAGAACAAGGAAAACUCUAAGGAGGAUGGCGGCGGGGGUCAAGGGGAGGUGUGCUUCUACUGCAAGAAGCGCGGACAUCGUUGGCGGAAGUGCUACCAACGACCCAAGGAUUGGACCCCGCCUUCAUCAAGUAACUAG